CAGUCGAUGCGAACGGACGCGUCGCUCCAGAGAAAAGUUGAGAAGACGUACACAUAGUAAUAGACCAUUGAGAAGGAAAACUAUAGUGACCGCGUGUGAACUCGAAACUUAACGAUUACAUAGACACAUCAAAAAUGGUCUUGAACGGCAUGCCUAUUACAAUGCCAGUACCGAUGCCAGUGCCCAUGCCUGUGCCCAGUCCUCCGGCCACCAAGUCCCGGGUGGCGGUCGACUGGGACAUCAACGACUCCAAGAUGCCGUCGGUGGGGGAGUUCGACGAUUUCAACGACUGGUCCAACGGACACUGUCGUCUCAUCUACUCCGUGCAGAGUGACGAGGCCAGGAAACAUGCCAGCGGUUGGGCCAUGCGAAACACCAACAACCACAACGUGAAUAUCCUGAAGAAGAGCUGCCUGGGAGUGCUCCUCUGCAGUGCCAAGUGCAAGUUGCCCAAUGGAGCAAGUGUGCAUCUGAGACCCGCCAUUUGCGACAAGGCCAGAAGGAAGCAGCAGGGCAAACAGUGUCCCAAUAGAAAUUGCAAUGGUCGCUUGGAAAUCCAGGCCUGCCGCGGCCACUGCGGCUAUCCAGUGACCCACUUCUGGCGCAGGGACGGAAAUGGAAUCUACUUCCAGGCCAAGGGCACCCACGAUCACCCCAGACCCGAAGCCAAGGGAUCCACGGAAGCCAGGCGGCUUUUGGCCGGAGGAAGACGUGUGCGCAGUUUGGCCGUAAUGUUGGCCAGGGAAUCUGCGCUGAACGACAAGCUGAGUAGCCUGAGACCCACAAAACGGCUGGCCAAGACUCAUUCCAUCCAAGAGAGCAAGCGCAGAAGGAUGGGUGCUUCCGAUGUGCUCCAAACCAAGCCGGAGUUAGUAGUGCCACCCACCACCUAUCUGCCCACAUCGACACCCACACACAGCACCAACUUUAAUCAAUCUCAGGGAUCAUAUGUCCCAGCAGGAUUAGGAUCAAUGACCAGUCAGUGGAACGGAGAGAUUCACUACGAAACGGAAGAUCCAUCAUAUGUCAAUGGAAUGUACUCCUACGAUAUGCUCCACUCACCACUCUCAGCGCACAGCUCCACGGGCAGUAAUAACUAUUACCAGGAGAACAAACCGCAGCAACUGCAGCACUCGCAAUACCAGCAGCAACUCUCUCCGCAGCAACAUGUACCAGUCAGCUAUGAUCCCAGCCAGCCAAUCUCCUCCAGCCUCCAGUGCGGAAUGCCUUCGUACGAAAUAUGCGACGAUACGUCCAGUUUGACCAGCAGCUCGGGCUACUGUUCCGAGGAUUAUGGCUACUACAAUGGAUAUCUACCCAACUCGCUGGACGUGAGCAACGGAAGCCAAAGUCAGAAUCCCAGCCAGGACGCAAGUUUCUACACAACCAGCUCGGAGAUCUUCAGUGUGUUUGAGUCAACUCUGAAUGGCGGAGGCUCCAGUGGCGUGGAUCUCAUCUACGACGAAGCAACCGCCUACCAGCAACAUCAGCAACAGGGCACUUUUCCGCACCUCACCAAUUAUCAACAGGAGCCGCAGGAUCAGAUGCAAUCCGGCGACUACUACUACAGCAACACGGGAGUGGACAACUCGUGGAACAUCCAAAUGGACGCGACAUAUCACCCAGUCAACAGCACGGAUCCCAUCUACUGCUAGGGGAUCGGGAUAAGAUCUCUAAUCGCAACUACUAUUACUGAGCCACUCAAGCGUUGUUCUAGUCCCUAGUUGAUUGAUUUCCAUUCAUGUUCCCAUUGCUUGUUGGUCGUAUUAUUAUAUAUGAUAUAUUGUAUUGAACGUUUCUAGUUUGUACUUUUGUACUUGUUUCCCAGCUAUUCCAAAGUUUUAGAGCACGUAAGAGUAAUAGUAUCCUUAAGCACAUAGAGUUUUAAGUCACAUUUCCCACCUAUUUAUGAACUUUUUUGUAGUAAUAAACAUUUUUGAAAGAAAAUCCCAAUCGCAGCAGCCUUUCUUGAGAAGUGACACGUGCCAAACAUGGGAGAUCGUAACCAUUGUCAGUAUAACAUUAGCAGCGGCAGGAUACACAACUAGGGUUUUCCUCAACAACAAGUUUAAAUUCGUUAGUCAACCAAAAUCGUUUAACAAUGCGUGCUUGCCGCCCUAGAAAAAGUGCUAUCAUUAACCGAAUUAUGUCAAUUCGUCGGCGUAGAGCUCUAGUCAACAUGCUAUUUUUGCGCCGUCAUUUGAUUGGAGAGGCACUUGGAAUUAUGAAUCGGGAAACUCGACGUCUUAGGAUAAAUUCUCGGCGUCGUAAUCGUAGAAGGAGAGCGCAAUUUAGAGUCCGUACACCAAGUGAUAGUACAAUGCGCUCAGUAAGGCAUUACGGUCAGAACCCAUUCCGCCAAGGACCACGGCUACAGCGAAAUAAUUCACUUUGGGGACAAGCGGACAUCAUAACCACACAGGGAGCGUUAGAAGCUUUGAAUGGACUGGCUGCAGGGAACAGCGAACCAAAUUCAUUGUUAGUAAUGGUGCAAUAUACCAAUGGGCGGUAUUAUUUAAGCUUAGAGGCAAGUGGAAAUCCGCAAAAUGAGAGCUAUAUCGUUCAAAAUCCCAUUGGGAAUGGUCAGAACCAACAGGUCCAAGAUGGCAAUGAUCCGGCAGCUCAGGCUGCUGAGGACAAUAAUCCGGAGGUUCCAAAUGCCAAAAGCAAAUCAGGAGGAUCAAGUGAAAGCUUAUGAUCAGAAUCAAGAUAAUAACGAAGAAUACGAUACUUACUCACAUAGUAUCAAGUAAUGUAUAGCUUGGAAAUUUUUCUUCCUACACAUAUAUACAAUAUUUGUAUUACCAAAAGAGGUAAAUAAAAUUGUAAAUUCCA